GCAGGGCGACGAAGCGCUGGUGGGUGUGGCUGCGCGCUCGGAGCGGUUAGUCGGGCGAAGAGGCUCCGGAGGGUGUGGUUGCGCGCUCGGAGCGGUCAGCAGAGCGGUCAGCAGAGCUGAGAGACGAGCGCAGUAAACAUGCUGAAUUUCGGGAAGGUCUUGCGGGCAGGUGUUCGGGCAGGUCUGCAGUUUCAGAGCAAAGGAGCUGCAACAGGAGCUCAAGUGGCCAGCGCAGCCAAAGCGUCCCAUGGGAUAUCUUUUGAACUCACUGACCAGCAGAAGGAAUUCAAGGAGGUAGCCAGAAAAUUUGCUCAGGAAGAGAUUAUUCCAGUCGCUCCGGAGUAUGACCGCAGCGGCGAAUAUCCAUUUCCCCUCAUCCGGAGGGCGUGGGAGCUCGGCCUGAUGAACUCCCAUAUUCCAGAGGACUAUGGGGGUCUGGGUCUGUCCAGCUUCGACUCCUGUCUCAUCACAGAGGAGUUGGCGUAUGGAUGCACAGGAGUGCAGACGGCUAUCGAGGCUAACUCUCUCGGACAAAUGCCGGUCAUCAUCGCUGGUAAUGAAGCUCAGAAGAAGAAGUAUCUGGGCAGGAUGACCGAGGAGCCGCUCAUGUGUGCGUACUGUGUGACGGAGCCCGGCGCAGGCUCCGACGUGGCUGGCGUAAGGACUCGAGCUGUGAAGAAAGGGGACGAAUACAUCAUCAAUGGCCAGAAAAUGUGGAUCACCAACGGAGGAAAAGCUAACUGGUAUUUCUUGCUGGCCCGCACAGACCCUGACCCCAAAUGCCCAGCCAGCAGAGCGUUCACAGGCUUCGUCAUCGAGGCGGACACUCCGGGAGUUCAGCCCGGCAAGAAGGAAAUGAACAUGGGUCAGAGGUGCUCAGACACUCGUGGGGUCACCUUCGAGGACGUGAGAAUCCCCAAAGAGAACGUCCUGCUCGGCGAGGGAGCGGGAUUUAAGAUCGCCAUGGGGGCUUUCGACAAGACUCGACCUCCUGUUGCUGCAGGUGCAACAGGACUGGCUCAGAGAGCUCUGGAUGAGGCCACCAAGUAUGCCUUAGAGAGAAAGACUUUUGGCAGGCUUAUUGCUGAUCACCAAGCCAUUUCCUUCAUGCUGGCGGAGAUGGCCAUGAAGGUGGAGCUGGCCAGGCUGGCCUAUCAGAGAUCAGCAUGGGAGGUGGAUGAUGGCAGAAGGAACACUUACUACGCAUCCAUCGCUAAAGCCUACGCCGGAGAUAUCGCCAACCAGGUCGCGACUGAUGCCGUCCAGAUUUUUGGCGGGAAUGGAUUCAACAGUGAAUACCCUGUGGAGAAACUAAUGAGAGACGCGAAGAUUUAUCAGAUUUAUGAAGGAACUGCUCAAAUCCAAAGGCUCAUCAUCUCACGAGAGCAUCUUGCGAAAUACAAGCGGUGAACGUGUCCCAAGACGUCACCAGCAGGAGCACUUGUUUAGUUUGAAGGGGUAGUGGGUGGGGCUGACAUGUUAAAAUGGCUCUAAAUGAUCACACUAAUUCAGGUUCUGUUGUUUUAACAUGAGCCGCUGUCCAACGUGAAAUGUCAGUAGCCCGAUUGUUCAGACCGCGUCUUUUUAAGAUCAACAAACAGUUUGGUUUCUAUCUUCUGCACCAUUUGCAGGCUCUUCUACACAUGAAUGGUUUUGAUCUGUGGAUCUCAGGAUUGUCACUAAUGCUAUUAGUGGUUUGCCUUAAUUGUGUCGACUGACCUUGAUCAUAUAUUGUAUAUUACGUAGAACAAUUAAGUUGGAACUGAACAAUGAAAGAAUGAACAGCGCAGAACAUGUAAUGCGUAAGCUUUUCUAACUGGUAUGACUUCCAAUAAAUAAAGAUUAAUGUAAAAAUA